ACCGAAUUUGACGUGUUUGUUUGAUAUUUGACGGCGAAUGAGUUGUGUAUGUUGCAGUUUGUGUAAACUUCAACAAAUUUAAAUUUAAUAGCAGAAAAAAUGUCCGUCUUAUGCCCAGAAACUCCUGCCCCCGGCUUCUCUUUUGCAAACUGCAAGCGUAAUGCACUUCUGGAAAGUAAAGGUUUUCCGGUUCCUAAAGCUACAAAAACUGGAACAACAAUUGUCGGAAUCAUCUUUAAAGAUGGGGUGAUUCUGGGAGCUGAUACUCGCGCUACUGAAGACACUACAGUCUCUGAUAAAAAUUGCGAAAAAAUCCACUACCUAGCUCCAAACAUGUAUUGCUGUGGAGCUGGUACUGCAGCAGAUACCGAACAGACAACUCAGAUGAUAUCGUCUCAAUUAGAACUUCAUCGUCUCUUUACAAAUAGAGUAGCUCGUGUUGCAACUGCAAAUCAGAUGUUGAAACAAUAUCUUUUCCGCUAUCAAGGACAUAUAGGUGCAGCAUUAGUUCUGGGAGGUGUUGAUUCAACUGGUCCUCAUCUUUAUUCCAUAUACCCUCAUGGAUCAACUGAUAAGUUGCCAUACACUACAAUGGGUUCUGGUUCUCUUGCUGCAAUGGCAGUUUUUGAGUCUCGUUGGAAUCCAGAUUUAGAAGAAGAAGAGGGUGUUAAGCUGGUUCGUGAUGCAAUUGCAGCUGGCAUUUUUAACGAUCUUGGGUCUGGUUCAAAUGUGGACAUUUGCAUUAUUCGUAAAGGAUCAGUGGAUUAUCGCAGAACUUUUGAUGAAGCUAACAAGAAAGGAGUUCGUCAGUCGUCAUAUCGUUAUCCAAAAGGGACCACUGCUGUCCUGAGUAGUAAAACUAUUGAUGUUGAAGUUGUUGACGUAACUGUGCACCCGAUUGAGCCUGAACAUAUGGAUACAGCUUAAAUGGCUUAGGUUUGAUUGAAAUAUUUUUGCAUAUUUAAGGUCGUUUAUUCAUUUCUAAUAAAGUACAUAUAAAAGAUAA